UGGAAGGUGAGGCUCAAUACGGCGUCAGGUGUUAGUGCUCUAUAAACCUCAACAUAAAGACCGUCCAGGGAGGUGUUCCACUGAAAGUCAAUUAUGGUGGAAUUAGAAGAGACUUGGACCGAGAAAAGUUUCUAUGACAGGCCAUUGACUGUGUGGCUCGGAGAAGAUGGAUGUGAUGAGAAAAGUUCACCUCUACUAGAUGUCUUCACAGCUGCUAGUAUUGGCUCUUAUCAACGUGUAAAAGAUAUUCUUAAGGAAGAGAAGAACGUGUGUAACCAUAAGAAUCAGGGUGGAUGGACAGUACUCAUGUAUGCAGCUUACUAUGCUCAUUCUGAAGUGAUCAGUUUGCUCCUGGAGGCUAAUGCACCAGUACACCUGUGUAAUAAUGAUGGCUGCAAUGCUCUCAUGUUGGCAGUUAUGUGUGGCAACGAAAACAUUGUGGAGAUGCUCAUUAAGGCAGGUAGCAUCUUGGAAACUCGGGAUAAUCGUAACUGGACAGCACUUUUCCAUGCUGUUAAUUCUGGACAUCAUAGUGUUGUUGAAACAUUGCUUAAGUACAGAGUAAACAUUAACUCAUGUGAUCGAGUAAGAGGUAUGACACCUCUUAUGUAUGCUGCACAACUGGGUGAUGCAAGAAUGGUGUCACUGUUACUACGAGGUGGAGCAGUUGUUUCCCUUACAAAUCCCCAGGGACACACAGCAGUGAGGAUUGCUAAGGAUGCUGGCUUUCCUGAUAUAGCUGCCACUAUCACUCAGUGGGAUCAUCAAGGCUUGAGUGGUCCAAGCCUGUUUGAUGGUCCAGCAGCAGUGGAAGCCAGACGAACCCACCUGCAGCCCCAAACACCUAGGACCAGAGGAAAUGUAGUGCCUUCUCUUGAUAAUGCUAAUGUUCAACCAACGGACCUUGAGACCCUGCUGGACCAAAUUGGACUGAGCUCAUACAUGAGUAUCUUCCGGGAGCAAGAUGUGGAUCUUCAAAUCUUCCUCACAUUGACAGACCAAGACCUUAAAGAAUGUGGCAUUCAGAAACUUGGGCCUCGCCGCAAGAUGACCUCAGCAAUUGCCCGUUGGCAUAGUAAUGCUCCUUUAAGGAGUACACCUGAGUGUGCAUAUGCUGAUAAACUGGAAGUAGAAAUGCAAGAGUUGGGAGUGAAGCUAACAGAAGCUCUACAGACUCUUCAACAAACAAAAACUCAGAUAAACCAAGAAAAUAAUCUGCGUGUUGUGACAGAAGGUUGGGUUGUAGAAGCUCGUGGGCGCUUGCACGAGUGCCACCAGCUGUGUCAAAUUCUCAUCGAACAAGUGGCUGCAGCUUGUCACUGUGCCUCGGUGCUCUCUGCUCAGGCUUCACUUGGUACCUCACCUCUCAUUCAACCUGCGCUGAUAUCUACAAUUGUAGACACAAUGGCACUGAUUGCUGCUCAAGUUGACACCCUCAUGGCAUUAACAGACCCCAGUGUUCCUCGUGGCCCAAGUAACCUUACUUCACCUCGUAAACAAGGAUACAGAAGCUGUCCCAAUACACCUCGAUGAUAAUGACAAUGCAGUUAAAAAAUAUUUGUAUAUUUUUGUAUAUUGCCUCAGCAAUUUCAUUGUUUGUACAGUAAUCCCUUUCAGAACAUGCAGGAUGCAUUUCUUGAAAAUUGGCACCUUAUGAAAAAUAGCUUUAUCUAAAGUUGAGAACAUGUGGAAGAAAUAGGGUUAUGUUCAAUAUACCUCCAAAUUUUACAGUAAUUUUUUUUGCUCUUGUAUUAGGUUAAAAGUACUAUAGUACAACGUAUCUCACAUUCUGUUAGUCGUUACUUGAUGCACUUGAAGAGUGUGGGGAGGGUUAUUUUGAGCCUACUGGGCCAAGUUGGAUGUAACAAGGUUGAUUAGCUUGCUCACUUCCUGCAAAAGAGGUGCCUAUAUGCUAAUAAGAAGCUCUUGAUCUAAGGAAUUAAACCUAUUCUCCAUUUCCUUGGAUUGAACCUAUAGCCUCUCAGUUUCCAAGUGCUAUAUGAUCCCUACAGGUUUAACACUUCCCCAUGAAUGUAAUAAUACAAUAGUAAUUAACUAACCCACAAAGACCAUAUCAGCAUCAUGAAAAUAAGAGCCCAGUCUCCUUACCAGAUUGUGCCUAAUAAAUAGAAACUUGCCACACCUUGACCAGACAAACAUAUAAAGGAUGAAUGCACUAGAAAAAGUAUUAUUAUUAUUAUAAUCAAAAAGAAGCGCUAAGCCAUCUAGAAAAAGUAAUAAUCAAGAAAAAUGCAAAAGUAUUGUAAUAAAAUGAUGGUCUGGGAGUGGAGAGAGCUGCUGGCUCUGGCUUUGACUCCAAGAAGUGUUGUGAAAUCAUAUUUUGCUUUAACAAACUCAUUAUAUACUUUUAUUUUGUAUUAGCUUUGCAAAAGGCUGGCUACAAGUGUCACAGGCACAUACGUAUAGGUAUUUGCAGUUUUUGAAUUGUAGUAUUGGUAUGCUUUUGGCAAGACACUGAUGAAAUGAGUGAUGAAAGUGUUUCUUCUUUUUUGGGUCACCCUGCCUUGGUAGGAAAUGGCAGAUGUGAUAAAAAAAAAAAUCACAUGUAUUUUCAGUUGGCUUUUUAAGAAAGCAAGACAUACAAAACUCUCCACUACAAAUCCACUUUGCUGGAGGUGUAUUGAUCCUGGUGAAGGGCUCUUGUUCAAAGGAAUUGCAGCUACUCUUACCUCUCAGGGAUCUGUCCCAAUUACCUACCAUUUACCAGGUUCUGUAUGGUCUCUUGUGAAUUUAGUGCUUCCACAUGAAUAUAUUAUGUACUUAUUACAGUACAUAUACAUGUAUACUUUCAGAGCAUGAAAGCAAUUUUCAUCUUGAGUAAUGUUGUACUGUAUUGCAUUAACCCCUCAAGUGAACCUAAACGUUGAUUCACUUUCCUUAGUUUGAACUUUAUUUCUUUCAUUAGUUUAUGCGCUGUAUGACUCCUGAAAGUUUAGAGUUCCCCCUUAUGAAUGCAAGAAUAAUAAUAAUGUAAGUUUGAGACUUGAAACAAUCUGUUUUUGGUGAUUGGCAGCUUAACCUUUUCACUGUAUGUCAUGUAGAUCUGUAUGAUUGGGGUCAGCAUCGGUUAUAUAGAUCUGUGCAUUAAUCGUAGCACCCGCAAAUUUUCUGCGAGUGGCAAAUUUUAACCUAGACAUAAAAGAAUGGAUCUGUCCAGUAAGUGUGCAUAAUAUAAAAAAAAUCCUGUUCCAUGCAGUGCAUGAGAUUUUUACUGGGAUGGUUUCAAUUAUUGAGAUUCUUGUUUAUGGUUUAUUGAUGGAAAAAAUUGGGAGAACAGAUUUUUUGUGAUAGAUUCAAAAUGGAGGGUCACUGUUAUAUAGGAGAGUGGUGAGGACAUGAUUAUUGAAUAGAGGAAAAGUUGCUUUAGUGAUUAGAAUGCCUAUAAUUUUUUACUUUUUAAAUAGGAAUUUGUUGAAAAUAUGUAUAAAUAUAUAUGAGUAAAGCAGCUGGAACUGAUGGGAUCAUGACAGAUGUGUUAAAAGCAAGGGAGGAUAUAGUGUUGGAGUGCUUGGUGUUUUUGUUUAAUAAAUGUAUGAAAGAGGGGAAAGUACCUAAGGAUUGGCAGAGAGCUUGCAUAGUUCCUUUAUAUAAAGGGAAGGGGGACAAAAGAGAUUAUAAAAAAUAUAGGGGAAUAAGUUUACCGAGUAUACCAGGUAAAGUGUACGGUAGGGUUAUCAUUGAGAGAAUUACAGGUAAGACAGAGAGUAAGAUUGCAGAUGAGCAAGGAGGCUUUAGAGUGAGUAGGGUAUAUGCAGAUCAGAUGUUUACAGUGAAGCAUAUAUGUGAACAGUAUUUAGAUAAAGGUAGGGAAGUUUUCAUUGCAUAUAUGGAUUUAGAAAAGGCAUAUGAUAAAGUGGAUAGGGAGCAAUGUGGCAGAUGUUGCAAGUGCAUGGAACAGGUAGUAAGCUACUAAAUGCUGUAAAGAGUUUUUAUGAGGAUAGUGAGGCUCAGGUUAAGGUGUGUAGGAGAGAGGGAGAUGACAUCCCUGUCUUAGACAAGGCUGUGUAAUGUCACAAUGAUUGAUUAAUAUAUUUAUAGAUGGUGUUGUAAAAGAAGUAAAUGCUAGGGUGUUGGGGAGAGGGGUGAGAUUAAAUUAUGGGGAAUCAAAUACAAAAUGGGAAUUGACACACUUACUUUUUGCUGGUGAUACUGUGCUAUUGGGAGAUUCUAAAGAAAAGUUGCAAAGGUUAGUGGAUGAGUUUGGGAGGGUGUGUAAAAGUAGAAAGUUGAAAGUGAACGUAGAUUUAGUUAAAGAAAAAUUGGAUAUCACAUUGGAAUGAGAGUAUGGAAGAAGUAAAUGUUUUCAGAUAUUAGGGAGUUGACUUGUCAGUGGAUGGGUUUAUGAAGGAUGAGGUUAACCAUAGAAUUGAUGAAGAAAAAAAGGUGAGUGGUGCAUUGAGAUAUCUGUGGAGACAAAAAAAACGUUAUCCAUGGAGGCAAAGAAGGGAAUGUACGAAAGUACAUGUAUAGUGGUACUAACACACUUAUGUGGGUGUGAAGCUUGGGUUGUGAAUGCUGCAGCAAGGAGGUGGCUGGAAGCAGUGGAGAUGUCCUGUCUAAGGGCAAUGUGUGGUGUAAAUAUUAUGUAAAGAAUUCAGAGUGUGGAAAUUAGGAGGUGUGAAGUUACUAAAAGUACAUGUAUUAGUCAGAGGGCUGAAGAGGGGUUGAGGUGGUUUGAUCAUUUAGAGAGAAUGGAAGAAAGUAGAAUGACUUGGAGAGCGUAUAACUCUCUAGGGGAAAGAAGGCGGGGUAGGGGUCAUCCUCGAGAAGGUUGGAGGGAGGGGGCAAAGGAGGUUUUGUGGGCAAGGGGCUUUGACUUCCUGCAAGCAUGUUAGAUGGGAGUGAAUGGAGACGAAUGGUUUAUGGGACCUGACGAGCUGUUGGAGUGUGAGCAAGGUAAUGUUUUGUGAAGGGGUUCAGGGAAACCGGUUAGCCGGACUUGAGUCCUGGAAAUGGGAAGUACAAUGCCUGCACUUUAAAGGAGGGGUUUGGGAUGUUGGCAGUUUGGAAGGACUUCUAAACUGUUGUAUCUGAGUGCCUCUGCAAAGACAGUGAUUAUGCACGAGUGAUGGUGAAAGUGUUGAAUGAUGAAAGUUUUUUCUUUCUUUUUGUGUUUUUCUUUCUUUUUGGGUCACCCUGCCUCAGUGGGAAACAGCCAAUGUGUUUAAAAAAAUGUAUAAUUGGCAAAAUUAUCAACUACUGGGUAGUUGCUCGUGACCAAUCAAUAGUACAGAAAGUAGUCGAGUGCUAUAAAGGUCCCCUAAGGAAGGCUUCAUGACACUGAGGGACUCCUAUUCUGAAGAAUUGGACCUAGUCUCCUCUUUCUUGGAUCAUACCUGAUUACCUCCCAUUUCCCCAGGGACUGUAUGACCCCCUACAGAUUUUGUGCUUCCUCAAAAUAAGAAUAUAUAUGUGUGUGACAAAUCUCUGCCUGUAGCCUGUUUUACUUCUGUUAAUCUUUAUGAUCCCUAUGGGUACAGCAUUUCCUCCUGAUUAUAUUUUUUUUUUUGUUAAAUGUGGGAUACCAUUAUAGAUUACCAUACAGUGUAUGUUUUACUCAACAUUAAGAAUAUAUGGAAUCUGGAGAUCUGGAUUCUCAAGAACAUAAACAUGUAUUAUAUCCAGAUAUUUGGCUGAUCCCGAGAACAUAAACAACAUACUAAUAUGAUGGCUUUAUAUGCAUGUUCUGCAUCACUCUUGAUGUGCAUGCACUGAGAGCAAGUGUAUACAGGAGGGCCCCACUUUAUUGCAUUUCACUAAUGCAGCAGUUUGAAAUUAUACCCAUUCUUCAUUUAUUGAGACUUCCUACAAUAAAUAUAUUCACCAUGCCCUAUAAGCUAAGGAUGAAAACAUUUUAAAAUAGGUAAUGAGUGUACUGUAUAUGGAUGUUUUAGACCUAACUUUAUUGCUCACUUGAUAUAGUGUAAACAUGUUAUCAGGCUUUUAUAUGAAUUUGAAAGUGAAAGGCUAGAUUUCACUUUACAGCAGUAGGCUGGAAUCUAACCUGCUGUAUAGGUAGGGCUCUCCUGUAUACAUUAAAAGUUUAAUACCUAUAUUAGUGGCUUUCUUUUGAUCAUGUAGUUAUAUCAAAUUGUAUUGUAUUGUAAGUAUAAAACUGAAUUGUAAACUUCUGUGUUAUUCCUAUAUUUAUAAGAAAUAAAGAUUUUAUUUUUUA